CGCACGCAAACAAAAAGUUGAGAUUUUUGUGAGUCUGCUCUGCCCUUGCUCUGAGACAAAGAUGAGUCACUAUUGUAGAAGUCCCACAUUUCUCAUUUACACCCACAGUGUACGUGCUUGGCAUUCAUGUCCUUAUGUGGUGGUUCAGUCCUGUGUGUUGUGUGUAAUGCCAACAUCCUGACAGGAUGUCCUGGUGCAUACACAGACGACUUUAAAAUUAAUACCCUUCAUCCUGUGCUGUCGUAGCAUUAUGAUGACUGUAUUCACGUUUGUCAGAGUUCAGCAUUUACAAUGUUUCAAGUUUGAAGAAUAGAAACCUCAGCCUAAUAUGUUUGGAAACUUUUCUUGGAUCUCAGGAAAGGGUCUUUCUACGUGUCAACAAGACAGACAUUUUAACAGUAUAAAACAAACUAUGAAGUCUCCUGUACACUGAGGUCUCAUCCAAGAACUCACCUCCAAACGGAAAUGGAUAAAUGAAUAAUGACUGACAUCAGGAAGAAGAAACUAUGUUUUCUUUCUGUAAACGUUUUGACUGCCUCAAAAUUCAGUAGUUUUUACAUUUUUUUUAAAAGAAUCUUCGCACUUAUGUAACGAAGUGUAACGAUGCAGAUAAGAGCAUCAUUCAUUCCUCACUAGGAGUUCGUGUCUGCAGCAAGCAAGAUCAAGUUUGUGGAAGGCCCAACGCAGAGAUGGAGACAUGGAGAUUUGUUCUCCUGUGUCUAGUGUGUCUCAACUUGCCUGUUAACCUUGUCUCAGGACUCGCUAUACCACGAUGUAUACAAGGCUGGCUUGACAUCCCGGAUGAAAACACUAUUGUUAUUAAAUGUAACAACAUAUCUAGGACAGAUACAGUGAAGUGGACUUUGGAGAAUGAAGCUGAAAACCAGCCAAUUUUUCAUGGUUUCUGUGGUUCUGCUAAUGGCAACUGUCGUAGUAACAACAACGAAAUGUAUUUGGAACGUCGCAGUGCAUCAGAGACAUCUCUGAAUAUCGCUAAAAAUCACUGGAACUAUGGCGGCCUUCGCCUGACCUGCUCUACAAAGACUGAAAACGCAUCGUGCAUCACUAACGUUAUUCACUCUGCAGAGCUGAGCAGCUGCAGGACUGAAGUUACCACGGAGUCAUGGCAACUGACAGUCACGUGUAACGUUGACAAUUUUUUAUCGUCCAACAAACCAGGCAGGUGUGGAGUGAUUCAGCGUCAGGAAGGGGAGACACAGCCAUCACAGAAUUUCAAAACAGUCAACUGUCCCCUUGUCUUACAUAACUGCACCAACCAAACAAAUCUGCAGAUUUACCAUAAAGGCAACUGCAGCUGUACCCUUGACCUUCCUGAUGUAAUUGGUAAUUAUUCCUACAUCAUGAAGGUGUUACCUGGUGAAUCGCAAGAGAUAGCAGGAGAGGUGAGGAUUGACAAAUCAGAAACAAACUGCAUGAUAUUCAUGAAAGAGAAUCCAGGUGGCAGCUGUAAGUGCUAUCAACGAGAUCGAGAAUCUUUUUCUACCACACCAGCCACGGGAGAAAACUCGACGUACGUGUGUAACUUUGUCAGGUCAUCCACAUCACAGACUGGUGGACCAACAAACAACACUUGUCAAAACCCGCAUCCUCCUACAUCACCACCUAUCAUAAAAGGUAAUGAGAACGGCUCAAUCUUGAUAGUGGGAGAAAAUAAAACCUUGACCUGUACAGUCAGCGGUGGAAAACCGUUGGUUUCGUCAGUUAUUUUCGUCUGUGGUAACAAAACUGCCAAACCUGUCUUUGGGGAUGACGAGUCCGUGUCCAGUUCUGUCACCUUUGAUGUCCAGGUUCACCAUCAUAACACAUCGUGUGUGUGCUCGGCUAUAUGGCAAAGAAAACCUGAACUGUAUCCAGACAAGGCCUACAUCACGCUAUACGUAAAGGACAUGGUGACAACAGAAGGCAAGACCGAGGACAAGACCGAGUUUCUAGCACGGACGACAUUUGUGUCUCAAGAAACCAAUCCUCAAGAUCAAGAGGGUACACACACCUUUCAAAGCAUGUCUUCUUCAUUGGAUAAGCGUGAGCAUGGCCAGUCAGUCAGUGUUUCUGUGAUCGUUCCUGUAAUCGUUGCAAUCAUCGUGGUGAUCGCUGUCAUCGUGGCCGCCGUUGUUUACGUCCACAGAAAGAAACAAAAUCGAACAGAAGCUCAAGUGGCAGCAUCAAACGAGGUUGAGAAGCCAAGGGAUGAGUUUGAUGAACAGGUCAACAUGGUUUACGUUAGCGCUGACACGUUGGGUAUAGCCAGAAACUCUGUGAUCAUUGGCUUACGUCAGUCACGUGCCGAUGAUUCAAGAUGCUUACCUAGUCCAGAUGAGUCUUCUGAGGUCACCCAGAGGCGGUCUACACCGGAUGGAGAAACUCCAACAGCUUUGAAAGAACAUGACAGGAAACGGGGGUCAACCACAUCAGAAAACUUCUAUGCUGUCGUGGAUGACAAUGAUUUGGCAUAGACAAACCCGUAGAUGUGAUGAAACAAUAAGAAUAAACAGGAUAGAUGAUAAUGGAAUAAAUAAGCAAAUAAGCAAGAUGGAAUGUAUUUAAUCAAAAUAUGCAAAAACAAAGGGAGAUUAUUGACCUUAAUCAGAAUGAUCUUGUCUUUGGUCUUUCUAAGGAAUUGUGUUCUCUUGUACAGGCACUUUAAUCAUUAUUCGAUGUAUAUCAAAAUCUUUUUCACAGAAAUAAUUUUUGCUGUUUUUUCCCUACUCAAGUAGUUUUGAUUCGACUUUUUCUAUGUCACCAAAGUCUGCAUCAUACGGUGAAUGUCUUGAUAUACAACUACCUCUGUCUGGCCCCAGACUUCUUUAAUUAACCAAACAAAAUUUAAUGAAGAUUUUCUUAUCGUCUAUCUAUUUGGAUAUUUUAAUGAUUUAAUUUUUUGGUGAUAGAUCGGGAUGAAAUGAUAGCGAUAGGUUCUUACUUUCAGCAGUCGAUGAUAAUUUUUCAGAGACCACACAAAUAUCGGGAUAGAAGAUGCCAUGUCUAUAUUAUGUACAUAACAUGCUUAAUUAACUGCAAAAAUAAUGUACUUGAACGGACAGAACCUAACAAGUGACUUGUAAAUAUAGCCUUUUUAUUGGUUUAUCCUUUUUUUCAUAAACUCUUCCUCUAUACUACGAAAUAAACACGAGAAAGGCACUGCCACAAAUAUUUCAAAGAAGGAAGACAUCAUAUUUAUUUUAAAAGACAUGUUAGUUGAUGAUCAAAGGCAAAUGACAUCAAAUGUUAGUUGUAGAACAAGCAGAAAUGUUAGUUUAACUGACACUGUGAUCAAAUAUGAAUUUAUUACAGGUUUGUGCUUUUACAGAUGAUGUGUAUGGCACAUGACACAAUUGUGUACGUAAGACAGCAAAAUGUAGCAUAUAAGGAAGAAUAUGAAAAAUAUUGUUUAUAAUGUUACAAUUAUUUUUACACAUAAGUAAUCGAGAGUGUUGUUAACAGAAGUAUUCAGUAAACUGUUAUUUUGAUAUUGAAAACAUGUAUUUGAUGUAAGGGUAAUCACAAGGUAAUGGGAUAUAUUAGUCAUCCCAAUGUUUUCGCCGAUGAUACAAGCCAUAAGGAGAACUAACUUUGCUACGUGGGUGUUUAUAAUUGUAUCAAUAAAGGACGAGUUGACAAGUUA